UUCGUCGGGCUGCCAUCUUGGGCUGCCUUCAGCUGGCGCCAGAGACUCCGCCGCCGCCAAACAAAACGCGAAGGUUGUAGGAAGGAAGCGGGACGGAUGGUGGGGCCCCGGAGGGCGGACUGGCAGUGGUAAACGUCUGAUGCUCCCAAGAACCGUGAACACUCACUAUGUCAAGGCUAAGAAACUGAGCUAUAAUGUCUGGAGUUGGAAUAUCUUCUCUGCUGAAAAUAAUAGAUGGUCUUAGGGAGGCUGAGCUCUGCGGGAGGCAGACCAGCAGUGGAAAGAUGCCUGUUGUGUGGCCAACCCUUCUGGAUCUCAGCAGGGAUGAGUGCAAACGGGUCCUUCGUAAACUGGAAUUGGAGGCUUAUGCUGGUGUUAUCAGUGCCUUGCGUGCACAGGGGGAUCUUACGAAGGAGAAGAAAGACCUCCUUGGAGAACUCUCCAAAGUGCUUAGUAUUUCAACUGAAAGGCAUCGAGCUGAAGUACGGAGGGCAGUAAAUGAUGAGCGACUGACAACAAUUGCACAUAAUAUGUCUGGGCCAAACAGCUCUUCUGAAUGGUCUAUCGAAGGACGAAGGCUGGUUCCUCUGAUGCCACGGCUGGUUCCUCAGACGGCUUUUACAGUUACGGCAAAUGCAGUUGCUAAUGCAGCUCUCCAGCACAACGCCUCCCUCCCUUCCCCUGCUGAAACGGGAAGCAAGGAAGGUGAGGUGGUGGUUUGCUAUUCCUACACAAGUACCACCUCAACCCCAACAUCCACCCCAGUCCCAAGCGGCAGUGUCGCCACAGUGAAGUCCCCCAGGCCUGCCAGUCCAGCUUCCAAUGUUGUAGUCCUGCCAAGUGGAAGUGCCGUUUAUGUCAAAAGUGUGAGCUGCUCAGACGAUGAUGAGAAGCCCCGAAAGAGGCGCCGCACCAACUCCUCAAGCUCCUCCCCUGUCCUCCUGAAAGAGGUCCCGAAGGCUGUCACGCCCGUCACCAAGACCAUCACGGUGCCUGUCAGUGGUAGCCCCAAGAUGAGCAGCAUCAUGCAGAGUAUUGCCAAUUCCUUGCCGCCCCACAUGUCCCCUGUGAAGAUCACCUUUACCAAGCCAUCUACACAGACCACCAACACAACAACCCAGAAGGUGAUCAUUGUUACCACCUCUCCCAGUUCAACGUUUGUCCCCAACAUCCUCUCCAAGUCUCACAAUUAUGCCGCUGUCACCAAACUUGUCCCAACAUCUGUCAUUGCCUCAACCACCCAGAAGCAACCAGUGGUUAUAACAGCGUCUCAGUCCUCUCUGGUUAGCAGCAGUACCAGUACCACCACCAGCGCCACUACUGGGACCUGUUCCACUCCUUCCUCCAUUCCCAGCACAGUGGCUGUGACCACUGUGGUAUCUUCAACACCAUCAGUGGUUAUGUCAACAGUAGCACAGGGUGUCUGUACGUCAGCUAUCAAAGUUGCAUCUUCCAGGCUGCCUUCACCCAAGAGCCUGGUGGCAACGCCAACCCAGAUACUAGCACAGUUUCCCAAGCAGCAGCAGCAGCAGCAGCAACCAUCCCCCAAACCACAGCUACAGCAGCAGGCACAGCAACAACAGCAGCAGCUAACCCAGGCCUUGCCCAUCACACAGCAGCAACCCCCAACUCCUCAUCAACAACAGCAGCCCCCAACCCCACAACAGUCUCCCCUCCCGCCAGGCAUUAAACCUACCAUCCAGAUCAAACAGGAAUCAGGUGUGAAAAUAAUCACUCAGCAAGUUCAGCCCAGCAAAAUCCUGCCCAAACCAGUCACUGCAACCUUGCCCAGCAGUAGCAAUUCCCCUAUCAUGGUGGUGAGCAGUAAUGGGACCAUCAUGACAACCAAACUGGUCACAGCCCCUGCUGGGACUCAGGCGACUUACACUCGUCCAGCAGUAAGCCCGUCCAUAGGGACACGCAUGACAGGCACUCCAGGUGCCACCUAUGUGAAAACUACUAGUGGCAGCAUCAUCACGGUUGUCCCCAAAUCUCUGGCCACACUGGGGGGCAAAAUCAUCAGCAGUAACAUUGUUUCUGGUAACUCCUUGAUGAAGACCUAUUUUCAACAAAAAGGAACUACCACCAAAAUCACAACGAUCCCCGUGACAUCCAAGCCCAAUGUGAUAGUUGUGCAAAAGACAACAGGGAAAGGCACCACCAUUCAAGGACUUCCUGGCAAAAAUGUGGUCACGACGCUACUAAAUGCAGGGGGAGAAAAAACUCUCCAAGCAGUGCCUGCUGGAGCAAAACCAGCCAUCAUCACUGCCAGCAGACCCAUUACCAAGAUGAUCGUCACACAGCCCAAAGGGAUAGGAUCUGCUGUCCAGCCAGCCACCAAAAUAAUCCCCACCAAAAUUGUUUAUGGACAGCAAGGAAAAACACAGGUCCUUAUCAAACCAAAACCAGUGACCUUCCAGGCAACGGUGGUAAGUGAGCAGACAAGACAGUUGGUCACAGAGACUUUGCAGCAGGCUUCGCGUGUGGUGGAGGCAGGGAAUGCUUUGUUGCCGGAGGUGAAAGAAGAACCCCACACUUACACCGACAGCAGCUCUUCCUCGACAGAAUCUUCACAAGGUUCCCAAGAUUCCCAGCCUGUGGUUCAUGUCAUUGCAUCCCGGAGCCAGGAUUGGUCUGAACAUGACAUUGCUGUGGACUCCAGUCCUACUAUAAUCUAUCAGGAUGUCUCCAGUGAAUCUCAGUCAGCCACUUCGACAAUCAAAGCAUUGUUGGAACUGCAGCAGACAACAGUGAAGGAGAAAUUGGAGUCAAAGCCAAGGCAGCCGACAAUAGACCUGAGCCAGAUGGCAGUUCCCAUACAGAUGGCUCACGAUAAGCGCCAUUCCCCAGAGAGUCCAUCCAUUGCUGUGGUAGAGUCAGAACUUGUUGCAGAAUAUAUCACCACCGACUCAGGAAGACAGCACUGUGUUCCUUCACAUUCGGAAGAAUAUCUCCAAAACCACAUAGUGAGUCACCGUGCCCAGCCCCACCAGCAGUCUUCCCAGCCCCAGCGGACUCUGCUGCAGCAUGUGGCCCAGUCCCAGACAGCGACACAGACAUCUGUUGUGGUGAAGUCCAUCCCUGCAUCCUCAACAGGAGCCAUCACCCACAUCAUGCAGCAGGCUCUGAGCAGCCACACAGCCUUCACCAAGCACAGUGAACAUCUCGGCACAGAAGAAGGUGAGGUGGAAGAGAUGGACACACUGGAUCCUCAGACGGGCCUCUUCUACCGCUCUGCCCUGACGCAUGUGCAGAAGCAGCAGAAGUUGAACCAGCCCCAGCUGGAGCAGACUCAGCUCCAAGUCAAGACCCUGCAGUGCUUCCAGGCAAAACAGAAGCAGACCAUCCACCUCCAAGCUGACCAGCUCCCACACAAACUUCCCCAGAUGCCCCAGCUCUCCAUCCGUCACCAGAAACUUGCUCCAUUGCAACAAGACUCGACACAGUCUAAGCUGGACCCCCAUUCGGCCACCCACCACUCGAUAGUCCGCGAGAGGCAGCUGCCCACCUUAGUGGCCCAGCCCCAGCAGACUGUGGUCCAGGUGCUUGCUGUCAAAACCACCCAGCAGCUGCCGAAACUUCAACAGGCACCGACAGCACAAAAAAUUUACGUCCAGCCCCAGAGCCAAAUGCAACUCCCUGCCGCUCCUGAGAAGCAACCGGCAAGCCAGGUGCACCAGCCUAUAAUAACCCAAGGAUCUUCUGUUACAAAGAUAACUUUUGAAGGACAUCAGCCACCUACUGUGUCCAAGGUAGCCACUGUCAGUUCAGUGCCCAAGCUGGCACCACCGCUUCCGAACCUAUUUCCUGGCCAGGUGCCUGUGAAGACUGCAGUAGCAGACAUUUUGAAAAUGUCCAUGAUGGAGGCGCAGAUUGACCCAAGUGUUGACCGUGUGAUAGUGGAGCCUGCUGGCAACAAGGCCUCUCCUGGGAGCCUACCAAGUGAAGCAGAACCAUCAUCCACUUCGGUGCUGAGAGUUGCCACCGUAGGGACGGCCACAGGUGUGUCGGCAUCUGUCCUCCAGCAGCCCAAACGCUUGGACUCAGCUUCAAGCCCUCUAGGUGUUGGGCUACCCUUGCAGGAGAGGAAGCAAGUUGUCCAGCCCCCACCUGCAGCCAGCCAGUUCAUUCGAAUCCAGAACAUUGCCCCAAAGAAAACUGAGGAGAUCCCUGCGGAGAUCCUAAUCCAGACGAUCCCUCAGUAUUCUGUGGCCUGUCAUUCCACCUCCAAUGUGGUCGUGGAACCCAGCGGUCUUUUGGAGCUCAACAAUUUCACCAGCCAACGCCUUGAUGACGAGGAGACGGUGAUGGAGCAGGACAUUGACAGCAGCAACGAGGAAGGAAUGGAGCUCAGCCCAACACAGAAUUUGGAACAGUCGUAGCAUACCUGGAAUACCCAGGUGCACUUUAAGAACACAUACAGACAACAGUAGCAAAGUCUUGGCUUGUUUGUACCCAAGACGCAACCUUGUAUUAUUUUUGAAAAGCACUUUGCUAAUCGGAGGUGUUCGGACACGCCCAGUGCCAACGCGUUGACAAAACAGGGAUCCCAAGAUGGUUUCUGACUGAGGUGACCUUGCCAUUCUAGAGUAUGCGUAUGACAGGAGAAUGUAUAUUUUUAAGCCGAGAAGACAAGGAACGUGCAGUGAUUUUUUUUUUCUUGAAGGUAUAUUGAAGUUUUGUUACACCAUUCUGAACCAGCUACUGAAGCUUUCAUGGUGUAACCCACCCUCCUUCCAAAAAACCCAUACACACAACCUCCCACAAACUUAAAUUUCUCUGCGGUUGAAGAAAUCACCUUCCCAAAGAGAUGUUUCUAAGUGUAAGUCUCUUUAAAACACACACACACCUGCCUUUCUGUGCUGGGGAAGUACCUUAAAUUUUAGGAGGGAGCUUUCCUUUAUUGAUGCACCACUUUUUUUAUCCAGCAAGAUUUGAAAAAGUUGGCCUUAAAAACAUAAAAUAAAAAAAAGAAUGGUGUUGCCCAGGAAUAGUCCAGAAUGAGGGGGAAAUACACUGUGAAGUUCAAGAAAUAUUUGUCUGUCACACAUGCACCCAUUUGGUCAUCAGCAGGUGAAAUUGUCUACCUACCCCCACACUGACAAAGUUUUAUUUAUUAAAAUGUAAAGACCUAAAGGGAGAGUUUCAGUUUCUGUGACAGAAGUCCAGUAAUCUUAAAAACAGGUAUCUAAAGAGUUUCAGGAUGGAAGCAACAAAUCUCUACAGAAAACACCACUGUUCAAAAUGCGGGCAUUGAAAUCCAAGAGGCAAAAACACAGAUGUGGUUUGACAAACAGAGAUGUCUUUUAUUUUUAACACGCUUUGCUUUUGUUUUUAAAUAAACUUUAAUUAUGACUGUUUGGGAGGACUUUUAAAAACAUAAAAGCUGCCCUUUUUAUAGUUUUCUUCUGUUUUUGAAGUGAUCUUUCUCAGCCUUAUUGUUUUGGUUUGCACAAGUAAUAUGGUGGGAUUUUUGCGAUGGCUGGAGCAACCAGAUUUAAAAACAGUCUCUUGUACAUCUUGGUAACAAAGACUUUGGGGUUCUUUUUAUAAAAGAAAAGAAUACUGUACAUAGGAACACAUUUUUAACUUUUUUUGUAUAGAUUUAAUUAUACAUAAACCUUUUAAGAUUUUUGAUGUAUCCUGUAUAUACACAUAUCUGUUGAACUGGCUGUGUUUGUUUCUUGAUUUAUUUUUUUUUUGGAGGGCGGGUGGUUUGGUGCUGAAAUACUACUAUUAAGUAGAACUCUGAAGGCUCUAAUACAUUUUGUGUCAAUAUUUUUUACAUUGUGAUUUUAGAGUUUUGUAAUUAAAACAACCACUAGAGAACAUGCCAGGAGCUGAAAUACAACACCAAAAAUACUUUGUUGUCCUUUAAAUAUUGUGUGUGUAACAUUUGGCUGUCCUACAGAUGGCAGUGUUAGCCAUUCUUUAGCAUCUGUUGGUUGUUAACUCUUUUAUAAAAGUCUUACGACUUCUA